AUGCAGCGGGUGAACGGUGCCGGCUGGAUCGCGGCCAAGCAUCUUCUCGCUUCCUUUGAUCGCGCCGCGUCGGUCGAAUCGGGCCAUUCUGCUGUAUAUUAUCAAUGUCGGUCUAUGCUCGUUCCUCCGAAUCGCCAACCGGCGGCGAAUCCUGGCGACGAGACGCGAGGCCGCGCGAUAGAAGCGCGAAAAGCGGGGAAUAAGCUAAAGGCAGAAAUCGCGAUAAACGUGCACCUGGACACGCUGAGGAGGGUCGAGAUCUUCCAAAACACGGAGGCUGGCUUCCUGUGCGAGCUGGUGCUGCGAUUACGGCCCGUUCUUUUCUCACCUGGCGACUACAUCUGCCGCAAAGGUGAGGUGGGAAAGGAGAUGUACAUAGUGAAUAGGGGCCGACUGCAGGUGGUAGCCGACAACGGGAAGACGGUGCUCGCCACCCUUAAGGCGGGUUCCUACUUCGGGGAGAUCAGCAUUCUCAAUAUGGGGACCGCAGGUAACCGGCGAACAGCCAGCGUGCGCUCGGUCGGCUACUCGGACCUCUUCGUCCUCAGCAAGAAGGACAUGUGGGACGUGCUCAAGGAGUAUCCGGCUGCCAGGGUGCGCCUUGAAGCCAUUGCAGUCAAAAGGCUGGAGAAGUACAAGAGAGCUCCUCUGGAGAAAGUCGCCAUGGGCAGGUGCCAGAGCACGCCCGGUCUGGUGGAGUCGCGGGGCCGCGUGUCGCUGGAGGACAUGUGGAUAUCGCCGAUCGACCUCAAGUCCCACGCGUACUCGACGGCCGCCUCGUUGUUCUCGCCGAGUCCGAGUCCGGUGACACCUCGCGCCAUGCCGGGCACGGGGGUUCUAGCGGACACGAACAACGUGCCCAGAGGCGCGGAGAGCCCGAUAAGCGGGGCCAGCAGUGGUCCCAGCAGCGAGGACCAGACGGCCAGGGUGCCGCCGUCAGCCGCGACCCAAGUCUCCACCGGCAGGCAGUCCACUCAUUCCGGCAUGACUUGCAACAGCAUGACACAGCUGGUGAGCGAAGGUACAACGCCUUUGUUUGGCACCCACGAGGCUUUAUUGGCGGAGAUUCAGCGUCUCCGCGAGCGCCUGAAAGGCCUGGAGACUGAGAACGCAGCGAUGAGCGUCAAGCUGAACCAGCAACAGUGGGAAGUCGAGCAUCGAUUGGCCGAAAUUGAGAUGCAGAUCUGCGGGGCAAAGCGCGGCAAGACCAAGAUCGAGCGGAUACGCCACUACCUUGUUGGAACCGCUGAUACUAGGUACGGCGAUCAGUCGGAGUUGGACGACACGAGGGUCCUCAGUGACACGAAGUCGAUCGGUAGCUUGAGCCAGCAUCUUUUCGAAAGCGACGAGGACGAGCGUUACUACGGUACUUGCAACGGCUACGUCUCGCAACCCGGCAGCAAAUCGAAUCUGCUGCUGUGUAGCGAGUGCGAUCAGAAAACGCACACCUGCACCUACCGACCGCAAACACCUGACUCACAUGCCGGCAGAUACGUGGAAGAACGUAUAGAUGACCGGCAUCAGGAGCCAGGAACCUCUCGUGCCUACAGAAGUCCGGUGAAACUGUCUUCUCCGCGCUCGUACCAUACGGAUCAGGAUCGCGUGGUGCAGACAUCGUCGCCGCGAUCGUACUACGAUCUGGAGCAAGCAGUGCCGAUAACGUCACCUCGAUCCUACAGGACGCAGGAGCCACAGCGACGCGGAUGGACCGCCAGGGAUACGGACGAUCGAGACCGCGAAAGCCCGAUCUGCGAGCUCUGCCGAGGUAACGGCUACGUCGUCGUGCACUGCGAGCACUGCGACUUCUCCAGCGACGGCGACCUGAUCUGCUUCCGCUGUCAGAGCGACGAGGGCUCGUCCAACGGUCAGGUAUGCCCGCGUUGUGAGCGGGAAGCCGGAGUCACGUCGAGCACUGGCAGAUCCGGCUCCAGCGACGAGGGGAACGGCAAGUACCCCGUGGACGCCGUGGUGAAGAUCCAGGUGAACGAUCGGACGAUCGACGUUGACUCCGACGAGACCCCCGAGAGCGAGAGCUCGGGCAAUUAUCAUCCCCAGAGGGGUGCGAUGGAUCGACUCGAUACCAUCGUCGAGACGAAGGGCGACACUGCCAGCGAGAACGACGAGGAAAACGGCGGCGGCGCGAAGCUCAACGGUACCACUAGCGCGAGAUAUCUCAAUUAUAUGAUCGUGCUGUUCCUGUAAAUAGAAGACGACAUUGAAGUAGAUGCGGCCGGACCCGCGGCCCGCGGCUUUGCUUGGCGCGAUAUCGUACACGAGGGGGUCGUAAAUUGUUGGAUCGUUGAAGCGGUAAUUUUCUCAAUUAACCGAUAUCAUCGUAAUCUGACGGAAAUGAUUUCAAUCGUAAUUAUUAACC